UCAUGUAAGCAUUUUCUCGUUCUUUCCACCAAUUAAGAAACGGAACCCCUCGAUGCGCAUUGCGCAUCGUCCCCGCUCUCUUUUACCUCCCGCUCUCCAUUUUCCUUCUCAUUCCUGGUCUCCUAACAGAAUUCUCUCUUUUUGCUCUCUUCCAUUGCAGAAACCACGAACCCUAGCUCUUAAGAGAAGAAGACCUGAACGAACUAUAGCUGCUUUUGCCAUGGCGGAUACUGAGGAUAUUUCGAAGGCGAUCUCGGCUGAAGAGGAUGCGAAGUUCGGAUUCAGUCGACCGGAGAUGUACAAGAGCAACCUCGCCGGCACUGUGGAUCAGUAUGACCGACACGUGUUUGUAUGCUUCAGAGGCCCUGAGUCGUGGCUCCCACGCGUUGAGGAGACUGAUCUGCUCCCCAAGCUCUUUUCCUCUGUUGUUAAGUCUCGUAAGGACGAUAUCGCCAUUAAGACGAAGAUUACGAUAUGUGAGGAACGCGAGGAUACUGAAUUUGAGUGCGGAGAUGUGUUGAUUUUCCCUGAUAUGAUCAAAUACAAGUGUUUGAAGGACUCAGAUGUUGACGGUUUUGUUGAUGAUGUGCUUGUGAAUGGAAAGCAAUGGACUUCUGCUGUGCAGAAGCUUAAUGGUGCAUAUGUAUUUGUUUGUGCUCAUGGCAGUCGUGAUAAGAGAUGUGGUGUUUGUGGACCUGUUCUUAUUGAAAAGCUCAAAGAGGAGAUUGAAUCUCGAGGGCUGAGGGAUCAGGUGUUUGUUGCUGCUUGCUCUCAUGUUGGGGGCCAUAAAUAUGCUGGGAACUUGAUUGUCUACAGUCCAGACUCAGAGGGAAAAAUUAUGGGCCACUGGUAUGGUUAUGUUACACCUGAUGAUGUGCCUGAAAUUUUUGAUCAGCAUAUUGGGCAAGGAAUAGUAAUAGAAAGGAUUUGGAGGUCUGCUCCAACAUCUAACAUGAGGAUUAUUGGUUCUGCCACAAUGUUGACAAGGGUGAUAAUUUCUUCCUUGGUUGCCUGCUGCACCAUUGUUGCUUGCUCCAAGAAAAGAAUUGCUUCCAACACCUGCACCUGGAUUGUCUUUGCUCUUCUUUCCCUUUUUUUUCUUAUUUUUCCAAGAGUCCUUAAGUUGCAACUUGGCUUGCAUUGCACCUUCAAUUGAACCAUCUUCUCUAAUCUGCCUUCUUUGCUCUUAUGCAUGAAGAGCAUUUAACAACUCAGCCAAGGAAAUUUCUGUAAAGUCAUGAACCUCCUCUAGUGCAGAAAUUUUAGCUUCAAAUCUUUCUGGUAAUGUUACCAGAAUCUUCUCAACAAUUCUGCUAUCUGGAAUUUUUUCACCAAGAAGUCUAAGCUUGUUGAUAAUAUCCAACAGCCUAUCAACAUACUCUUUUACAGUUUCAAAGUCUUUCAUCUUUUGUAGUUCAAGUUCCCUUAUGAGAUUCAAGAUACACAUGCUUUUGGUAUGCGCAUUACCUUGAAACUCUGUCUUGAGGUACUGCCAAAUGUGAAAGGCAGUCUCCAAGUUCAUAAUCCUGGUAAAAAGUGAUUCAGACACAGCCAAAUACAAACAUAUUUUGGCCUUAAACUUCUUUGUAGUUUUCAAGGUCUUCAACCACUGCUUCCCAAAGAUCCCAUACUUGUAGAUAAGCCGUCAUUUUAACUGCCCAUGAUUGAUAAUUUUCUCCCAUGAACACUGGAGGUGGGAUAGGACAAUAACCUUUUGAAGCCAUUUGAAUCAAGAUUUGAAACUUGGAGAGGGUUAGUAUUUCUGUAUAACACUCAACGGGAAAAAAAACUCACACUCAAACUAUCAUAGGUCCCUUAAGAUAAGGAGCUCUGAUACCAAUUGAUAGCAAAAACAGAGGACAGAACUGAACCCCACACUUUUCAUUUAAACAAAAUAUUAUUUAAAUACAAAAUAAAAAUAACUGAUGAUAAAGAUCAUGGUCCAUGAUUUUACCCACAAUCAAAACAUGGAAACAUGCUUAACAAAAAAAAAUAAUAAAUAAUAAAUUUCCUAAAACUUGGUUACAGACUUACAUGUUGUAGACCAAGUCAUUUAACAACCCACUUAAACAGAAAAAUAGGAACUACACAGCACGUUUAACAACUUUAGCAAAUCAGUAGCAUCUAAGACAAUUUCUAACACUUUUGAAGCAUGUUUGUGCUCAAGCCUAUGUCUCUCAAUUUAUAUCAACGCUUUACUGUGGUUCCCUUCCUUGAUAUGAAGUUUCUGGAAGUUACUCAUUUUGACCUUGCACUGCAAUAAAUUUAAGCAGAAUUGGACAGUAUAAUUUCUUUGACCAAAAAGAAGUAGAAUGAUCUGAAUUUCAUUGGUAUAAAGUUCUUAAUUUAUUUGCUUGAUGUAUGGUUAAAAUAGAUAAAGCAUUGAAGACGGUAAAGUGCAACGGAUGACCUGUAGUUAGCUUCUUUCUAAAGUCGUAAACUGGCAUAACUAUGCAAGGAUGUACUUAUUAUCCAUACGAUGAGAUGGUUUUCCAAUAUUACAUGUAUAUGCGGGUGUUAUGGUUAUUCACUGGAAGUAUAUGCUUC